AUGUCAAGAGACGCUCCAAUUAAGGCUGAAAAGGAUUAUACUUCUAUCCUAGAAGAAGAGUUACCAAAGAUUGACGUCUUGGCUCAAAAUGGUGAUACUGUUAUGGCCGUUGAUGCUUUGCUGGUGCUCGAAAAGAAAACUAGACAAGCUGCUGAUUUGGCCUCUUUAAAACAAGUAUUAGCCAAGAUUGUCGAUGUCCUAUUUGAUAAGCAAAAGUACGAUGAGGUUUGUGAGCAAUUGGUUUUAUUGUCCAAGAAACAUGGUCAAUUAAAACUGGCUAUUCAAUAUAUGGUUCAACAGAUGAUGGAAAAUAUGAAAUCUCAAGAAAAGGAGAAGAAACUAUCAUUAGACAAUAAGAUUAAAGUCAUCGAUACUAUUAGAACAGUAACGGAAAAUAAAAUUUUUGUGGAGGUUGAAAGAGCAAAAGUCACUAGAGAGCUGGCUCAUAUUCGUAAAGAUCAAGGGAAGAUCGAUGAAGCUUGUGAUAUUCUUUGUGAAUUGCAAGUUGAAACUUUUGGUUCAAUGGAAAUGUCUGAAAAAAUUGAAUUUAUUUUGGAACAAAUGGAAUUAUGUAUAUUAAAAGGUGACUAUUCUCAAGCCAUAGUUUGUUCAAGAAAAAUCUUGAAAAAAACUUUUAAUAAUGUAAAAUACGAACAUUUGAAAAUUCAAUAUUAUGAAUUAUUGGUUAAAGUAGGCUUAUACAAAAGAGAAUAUUUACAAGUAGCUCAAUACUUCCAAGAGAUUUAUCUAACUGAUUCUAUUAAAAAAGAUGACACUAAAUGGAAACCAGCUUUAUCUCACAUGGUAUAUUUCUUAAUAUUAUCUCCAUACGGUAAUUUACAGAAUGAUUUAAUUCAUAAAUUACAAUUAGAUAAUAAUUUGAAAAAAUUAGAGACUCAAGAAUCUUUAGUCAAAUUAUUUGCAACUCAAGAAUUAAUGAGGUGGCCAAUUGUAAAGGAAACUUAUGAACCUGUACUUAAUAAAGAUGAUAUCGCAUUCGGUGGUGAACAAAAUAAACAUCAUUGGGAAGAACUUCGUAAAAGGAUUACCGAACAUAAUUUAAGGGUGUUAUCUAAAUAUUAUUCAAGAAUGACAUUGCCAAGAUUGAACGAGCUAUUAGAUCUAACUGAAGCCGAAUCAGAAUCAUUCAUAAGUGAUUUAGUUAAUCAAGGUAUUAUCUAUGCAAAGAUUAAUAGACCUGCCAAGAUUGUCAAUUUUGAAAAACCUAAAAACUCUUCAGAAUUAUUGAACGAAUGGUCUCAUAACGUAGAUCAACUAUUGGAGCAUAUAGAAACAAUCGGUCAUUUAAUAACAAAGGAGGAAAUCAUACAUGGUUUAAAAGCUAAAUGA